GCAGCGGGCGUGGUUUGGGAUUACCCAGAGGGGAGGGCAGAGUAUGUCCUUGGCCGAGAGGGGAGGUGACUCCAGCAGCCGGAGGACGCAGAAUGAGGGCCCUGCCGGUCUCCCAGGCGCUGACUCGCUUCUUCAGCUCCAGCGCCCGGCACGGCUUCCAGAACCGGGUGGCGGAGAAACAGAAACUCUUCCAGGAGAAAAAUGACCUCCCUGUGCACCUGAAGGGCGGGACCACCGACCACUUCCUGUACCGACUAACCAUGGUUGUGACUCUGGGGGGCACCGCCUACAGCUUAUACUGCCUUGGCUGGGCCUCUUUCCCCCACAAGAAGUGAGACCAAGCAGCCUGGAAGGCCUGGGGGACCGGGACAAACACCAAUAAACGUGCAGACCUCUUGAGAAGCCUGCCUA